GUUUCGGCGACUGCUCAUUCUUAGUAAAAAAGGAAACAAAAGCGGCGCCGGCCUGGACGACGUGGAGUCUGCCACUAUCACGUGGCCAUAUUUCCAACUUCUUUUCUUCCUAAAGGAUACGAUGGAGACAAGGGCGACAUCCGGAAAUUAUGUUAGUGGUGCAAGACGGCAGAGCGCCGCCAGCUUGCCCUCUAGCCUGGGUGCACCACUAAGGCCUGCAAGCCAGGUGCAGGCUGCCAGCCAGCCACCGAGGCUUGAUAGCCCUGCAGUCAGCGUCGGCCCGAGUGUACAGGAGCUUCUGGGUGACGUCACCCAAUUUGAUGACCAUUGUUUCGACACCAUGUCAGAAGCUUCUGUACAUUCGGAUGAUGCUUCAGUGGUCUACACAGACACACCAGCAGCAACAACAACUGUUCCACAACCUGCAGUCGUUGAUGUGACUUCCACUCCAGCUCAGAGAAAAAAUCGGAAGCGCAAAAACGACGAAGAAGUCGACAGCAUCACACGAAAUGUGCAGGACUUGUGCGAAACUCUCAAAAGAACCGAGCCACGCAAUGAGCACGAACAUUUUGGCCUGUGCCUCGCGAAGUACAUGGCCAAGGUACCUGAAGAGCGGCAGCUGGAAAUGAAGGUCAAGCUGAUGGAAGUAGUAAUGGAAUAUGGGGCAUAGUUUUCCUUUCUUUUUUUUAGUCUCAUUUCAGUUUAUAAUUUAGUCAUUAAAUCUGUAAUACUUUUAUUUCUUUGUUAUAGUCAGGGCUACUUGCAAUUUAGAUUAUUUUUUUUCUAGGGUGUGCGAAUAUUCGAGUUUCGAAUUCGAAUCGAAAAAUUCGAUUUGAUUUUCGAAAAGCUAGUAUUCGAAGUUUCGAAUAAUUCGACAGGACGAAUAUCUAAAAUGCGACCAAGUCCAAUGGUGUAACUUGGUUGGU